AACAGUGACAGAGGGAGACGGUGUGUGUGGAGUCGGAGACCCUCAGAGGAGCCGCUGUUCUAGGCUGACGUAUCGUCAACUGAGGGAGAAUAAUGAACGACAAUAAAAGACACGAGCAAUCUAACCGGUUUAAGCAUUCCCUACAUAUAAAAGAAGACUGUAAUAAUACAAACACCAACGGGGUUUCUAAGCUACGUCAAACCUCACAUAUCCCCGGUCUUGGCAACAUGACGACCACAGAGGAGAGAUAUCGAGGACGUCGAACUGGGAUCCAUGACACAGAUUCUGACUAUGUGAAGUUGGCCAAGCGAGGGGGUCUGUCAGACCUACUCACAUUCGAUGGGUCUCCAUUAAAGUCAACACGUGGGUCCUCCAGAAAACCAGGCUGGUUGACUCCUGAAACAACACUCCAAGAAAGCAAACCGAGGGCUCCAGAUUACAUGUGUCACGAUGAGGCCUCCAAUAUAAACGAGAAUGGAGGCGACCAAAUCUCACUUGCCCCAGUUGUACCAGAUGAGAAAUGCUCACAGGAAGAGGAAGAGUGUUUAGAGGAAUCAGAAAACAGUAAGUCAGGGAUUCAUGAUGCAGCUAACAAGAGACAGAGGGACAGGAAUCUUCCACCACAACUUCAGAUGGAAGCCAUGACCUUAGCUUCUCAAGAAAACCAAAGGGAACUGCAACCCUCCAUAUCAUCCUUGUCAUCCAUUGCCAGGUCAGUGCGAAGAAAGGAAGCCCCAGUCAGCAUGCAAAAGUUGCUUAGCUUUGGCUACGCGGAUGAUUGGUUUUUGGAGCGCAAAGAUGUGCAGAAGCCUAAAGAUCUGAAUACAGAAAACUAUUCAGUUGCCGUGGCCAAAGCUGAAGUUACCCCUGAGGAAAAUCAGCCCCAAAACAGAGGAAGAAGGACAACUGGUAUGAGAGGCAAUGGGAGGAAUAAAGCCACCACAGAAAAUGAUUCUUUCUUCAAAAUCUUUGGCGAGCACAGGUUGAAUAGCAUUCCCGCUGCAGUGGAGAACCAGAUGCAGUCUGAAAUUGCUUUUGCCUGAACACAGUGUUGGAGGAUAUCAAAUGACUUAUCGCUGAAGCUUGUAAUUGCAAAGUUGAGACAACUUUUCUAUUUCGGAGUUUAGUAAUAUUUAUCAACCAAAUGUUUCUUGAAUCACUCAGCAGGAUAUUUACACACAUUAACUAAUAAAAUAAUAUUCCUUACUUCACCUUAAAACUUCCACUUUACUGUGACCUGCGUUGUUGAACUAUAAGUUACAAAUCAAAUGAGAAGCAUUUAACAAAAGAUUGAUUUUAAACAAAUUCAGUAUUUAAAGUGUUAACAAUUAACUUACUAGAACAUGAAGAUUAAACUUAUCGGAUAGUUCUGUUUUUAAUGUAUAAUUGUUGAAUCCGAUAUGAUUUGUACUUUUUGGGGGAUUCCAAUCAUACAAGCAAAAUAAAUGCUGUGUAAAGAUUGUAAAA